AUGCCGACGAGUCUCUCUAAAUCCUCUUCUGACAAAAAGGGCCACAUGUGUCCUCCCUCCGAUGCUGCUCAUCCUUCAGACCGCUGGGAAUCGUUGUUCGUUUAUGGAUUCAUUUGCAAGUUCACGCAGCUACGCACGAAAGUCGAAGGGUUCCAUUCGCCAAUGGACUUUGAAGAUGCUUUGCUGUCGCCUGAGCCCAAUCUCAUCAUGACCCAAAUCCUUUCGCGGUUUGUGUUAAACCUCCGUCCCGGCACGCGAAAUUUGAGCUCGGACAUAAUUUCUUCUACAGUGGCGGGGGUCGUUCAGGAGUACCUCAAGACAUCAGAGAGGACUGUCUUCUGGGACGACGCGUCGAGGCAAAACUCAGACCCCUUUCAGGACAUGCCCAAUGGAUUCUUUGCGGCCGAGUGGGAUUUGAAGCUCAAAGUCUUGCGUCAAUUGGUGGAACUACAAUUAUGCCAUAGCCACGAGAUCAAAGCCGUCAUCGAUAGGGCGUGGGACAGAAGUCCCCCCGUACCUCCUCCGCCCGGAGACCCUCAUAGUCAAGUGCGCUUGCAGUUGGUUCCUUUAGGCCAGGAUAGGGAACGCAAACGUUACUGGGUAGUAGAUGAUUCUCCUCGUGUUUACCUGUCCACAAAUCCUUGGAAGAUAUCCGCGACAUUUCAAACCGUGUCAUCUUCGCGAGACGAGUUCAUGGCCUUCCUCGAGACAGUGAAAGAAACCGCUUCAUCUGAGCCUAAAUUUGGCGAACGACGAUCGAAACUGGAGAUCGCACAUUCAGCUUUACUCAAGGCUCUGCAAGAGCGCAUAGAGGUCAUAGACUCUGAGUUGAUGCGGAUUCAACGAGCCCAAAAGAAAAUUCAACAGCGCAACCUUCUCAUUGCGUCUGCCGAACUCAGAGAGACACGAACUCGACGGAGGACAACACGACCUAACUACGUGUACAUGAACAAUCCCGAGAGUGAUCUCGAAGCAGAUGAAUACACGUGCCAACAACCAGACGAUGAAGACGAGGAGUACGAAGACACAGCUGGAUUCGACGACGAGGUCGGCAAAGCUGCGUCCUCUCGCGGCGCAGAUACACGCCGCUCCACGCGAACCAAUGGCAACAGAGUUAAGGAGGAGUGGAGUGAUUGGAGAGGCGAACGACGUUCGACGCGCCUCGGAGCACCUUCGGACACUGCACUCGACGAACCACCUCCAAAGCGAGCACGGACAGACGAGAGCGCUGCGAGUGGGGACCUUGACAACAUUGCUCCUUCCAACGGGAAGAGUGGCAGUGGGCUGAAGAUCAAAAUCAACGGCGCGGCAGCCGUGAAGACGACCGAGACGGCAGUAGAGGCAAUCGCGGGCAAGAAGAAGAGCAAAUUCUGGUACUAUGCCGUCGAACCUAUACCUGGCGCAAAAGCACCUGUAGUCCCAGCUCCCUCCACCAAUGCCCGACAAUCGGGGGGAGAUGCAGUAGACGCGUCGUCCGAAGGCCACAACGGUCACGGUGCUCGGUAUCCGUCAACGACCCCGUCUGCCGCGGGAUCCAAUGCAGAGGAACCCUACGAGAAGAGCAUUGGCGUUAGUCUAUCACCUGCAUCCGAAAGUAUGGAGUCGUAA